AUGCUGGGCACUGUGGAAAACCACCGUCUGACCAUCGGAGAAGGCCUCCGCAGCUGGACACACUGCAAGAAGUACUGCGUCCAGAACGCGUUCCUGAUUUUAAACGUGGUAGCUGUCACUUUAGGGAUUACACUCGGCUUACAUCUGAAACUCAACAAGGAUCUGAGCCCCCACGAGAAAGCGUUGAUCGCCAUCCCAGGAGAUCUACUGAUCCGGAUGCUGGAGCUGGUCUCCAUUCCACUGGUCACGACCAGUGUGGUACUUGGAAUAUCUGGCCUGAAUAAUGACGUCACCAAGAAGAUCUCCUUUCGCUCGGCAGGGUUCAUUUUGGUCACAACCACCGUGUGUUCGUCUCUAGGAAUUUCGUUGGUCACCCUGUUUAAGCCUGGAGCGGGCCAGACGGGUCAAGGUGAGCUAGUACACGAGGCUCACAAGUACUCCCUGUGGCAUGGGUUGUUCGACCUACUGAGAAACCUGAUGCCACAGAAUCCCCUCCAGGCUUGCUUCCAACAUUACAAGACUGUGAGGCAGCCGUUUCCGUCCAAUGGAACAUGCCUGGAAACGAGGGCAGGUGAAAUGACAAUGGUGGGUAGCUACGAAGACGGAGUCAACAUGCUGGGCGUGAUGACGUACUCCUUUGUUUGCGGACACAUCCUGCAGAAUAUGGAAGGCAAAAGCAGAAUCCUCCUUGACCUCAUUGCCGUCAUCGCCGUGGCCAACAGAUAUGUGGUCAACAUCAUUCUGGGCUACUUGCCGAUCGGAGUGCUCUUCAUGAUCAUCAGCAGUAUUCUUGACCUUGCCGACUUUGAUAGUCUCUUUGGAAUGGCAAAGUUCAUGGGUGUGAUUAUGUUCGGACUGGCGCUCCAUUCAGUGGUAAUUCUACCGUCGUUGUACUAUCUGUUAGUGAGAAAGAACCCUUGGAUUGUCUAUAAAGGGGUUUAUCCUGCCCUAAUCGCUGCAUGGUUCAUAUCCUCCAGCUCCGCCACACUGCCCAUAACUUUGCGCUGCUGUGAGGAGAGUAACAUGAUUGACCAUAGAAUCACCCGCUUCAUGCUGCCCAUCGCCACCACUGUCAACAAGGACGGGACGGCCCUGUACGAGGCAGCCGCUGCACUUUUUGUUGCACAAUACCACAAUAUCCAUCUGACCACGGGCGACCUAAUCACUAUCAUGGUGACUUCGGUGGUCUCCAGUCUGGGAUCAUCAGGGCUCCCAGCGGUGGGAGCCGUGACCACCGUCUUUGUCUUGUCCUCAGUGGGCAUACCUGUGCAGUAUGGCAUCAUCUUGGUGACGAUGGAAUGGCUGCUAGACCGCUGCAACACUGUGGUCAAUGUGUUGGGAGACUGCUUCAGCAUGUCACUGGUCCACCAUAUGUCCCAAAAUGACCUGAUACAAGGGAUCAUCUCAUGAAAAUGCUGAGGAACACAUCCAGGAUACGCAGUUCUGUUCCACAGCAGCUGAUGAUUCCCUUUGCAAAAGGUUUUUUGUAGUGUAGUAGUAUUAAUAGUAAUGUCAUU